AACAAACUCAUGGAGACUCUGGGGAACUCACUCUUUUGCUAAAUUCCAUUAAUUCAUUUUCCCUCCUCUGAGUUACCUCGCUCAACCACAUUUUCAGAAUCCAACCUUGUAUCUCCUACCGCUCCAUUACCCUUGUCCCGUGCGCCACGCUGAGCUAAACUCCAAAAAUCCAAGAAAAUUUCCAGCCUUACACGACUAAAUCGUCCCAACACCAACAACAAUGGCUCCUUUAGCUGAACCUGCAGCAGAGCUGUCACAUCUCGCCAAAGCUGACGGCUCUGCGACAUUCUCAUACGGGGGAUAUGCCGUGAUAGCCGCUGUCAAUGGCCCUGUAGAAGCCCAAAGACGAGAUGAGAAUGCCUUCGAGGCUCUAGUGGACGUCAUUGUUCGUCCUGCCGCUGGCGUUGGAGGUACCCGUGAGAGACAGCUUGAGUCAAUCAUGCAGGCAGCGAUCAGGCAACUUAUCCCUGUGAGAGACUACCCUCGGUGUGUGAUCCAGAUCACUCUUCAGGUAGCGGAGACACCUGAGAAUGCCUACGUCAACGCAAAACUGGUCCAGGCACAGUUGAAUCUCCCUAUCAUUCCUGCACUUCUUCACUCUGCCAUCCUGGGACUCCUCAGCGCUGCCAUCCCUCUGAAGAGUAUUGGCGCGGCGACCCUUCUUGCUAUUCCAGAAGAGGAGGGCAAGGACAUUAUCGUCGAUCCAAGCGCUGUCGAUAUUGAUCAUGCUAAGUCGGUUCACGUUCUCGGUUUCACUUCUCAUGAUGAGUUGCUCUUGUCGGAGAGCGAGGGCGCCUUCACUCCCGCCGAAUGGACCAAUGUUCUUCAGCUUGGACAACGUAUAUGCUGCGAGCAUCAACAGCCUGGUUUCGAUACAACCAUGUCCGGCGAUGACAUGGAGUCAAGAAGCAUGAGACAGUUCAUCCGCUCUGUCAUGGAAGCGAAGGUGGCGGAGGAUCUCUACUGGAAAUGAUACACCAAACCAUGUGCAUGAUAUCCCACGCUCGGUAUUUCCAACAUGCUUCUCCCGCCAAGAUGAUAAUCAAACUCUCGUCUAGGCGCCCAGCCUCGGCUGGCUUACCAACCUGAUCAAUCUCAGCGUCAGCACGUGG